UGCGCAGCGUACGUUGGGUGCCAGCGUGCUGCAAGGUAACAAUCCCGCAGUGUAUCACCAGUUUAUGUGUCUCCGCCCGCCUGUCUGUGUCUCGUGUAUUUUGUAGCGACCUCUUCCGAGCGCCGCUGCUGCCGGUUCCGUCGUGUGUGGUUGGGAAGAAAAGAUGGAGCCGGAAAGUUCGAACGGGUUCAAACGGAACUCGGUUCAUCAGGGAAUUUACAGUCGUCCUGUGGAACGGCGGCCCAGCAAGAAAUCCUCCUCCAAAGAUCGGCAUGGGAUGGUCUACCCCGACAGUUUCAGGGACACAGGCAUUCGGACAGUGACCCCAGACUCUGAAGGCGGCAACCACUCCACUUCAUCGGAAGCCGAGAAUCACGCAUCAAGUGCAGCAGCGUCCCCUCGUCCCGUCGCCCGAACACGAGCCUCCGAUCGAGACUCGCGUCGCGAAUUCCACACCUCCCACUCGGCGGGCAACGAAGAAGAAUCCCGUGUGGAGUUGAAAAGCCAGCGCGCGCGAUCACGGACCACCACCCUGGAUGAUCAGCGCAGCGAAAUUUCCCCUAACACAUUUUUCAGAGCCCGGAAUCGCCUAGGGUCUAUAAACACUGCAACUGCCCAGUCCAAGGCAUCGGACGACCAGACAGGAUCCAUCGGCUACCCGUCAAUUCAAUCUCCCACCUAUCUCAGUCAAUCCCUCGGCCGUCACCGGUCAAGCAAGCCCCCGGGGGGCUCGGGCUUAGCGACGAGCGUCUCGGCCAAUCAAACCCCUUCCCCGCUGUCGAGUACCGAUGCGUCCAAGAUUCUGCAGCUUAUGAAAACAACUUGUGGAAGGAUGCACGGCAUUCUUUCGUUUCGGACCGCAUCGACAACUGCUUGGUCAUCGGGCUACUGCGCCAUCAACGUCGCCACGGGAAGUUUGAUAUACCAAGCAAAAGGAGAGCCCGCUUUGGCCAAGACUCUAAUUCCAGAUCUUCGUGGGUGUCAAGUUCGCUCUCUUGUCGACCCAGAAUUACGUACAAACUACCUCAGCGUAUCAACCUUCACAUCGGGCUUAGGAGUGGAAUUGAGGCCUCACGUGAGUGAAACAUUCGACUCCUGGCUUGCUGCUCUGCUCUGCUGGCAGCCGAUCCGACCCAAGGGCGUCCAGAACAAGAUGACGAAGCCUCAGUCGGUCGCGAUAGGGGAUCGCCGCUUGACCGACCGUCGGCGCAACUCCGAGAGCACAGUUCAGAAAGAAGCUGCGAUCAUCAAGGUUGGUAAGAUGCUCCAAUGGGACAGGCCCAGUGCUUCUGGUGUCCGACCGUCCUCUGGCCGUCGGGUCUCGACGUAUCGCCAGCAAAGGGCGCUUUCCGCGUCGUGGCUGCGAGUCAGCUGCACGCUGCAGGAAAACGGUGCUUUCAAACUAUACACUGAAUCUGACAUCACGCUCGUGACUUGUGUCCAACUUUCUCAACUCUCCCGCUGUGCAGUCCAACAGUUACACUCUUCCGUUCUGGAAGACGAAUUUUGCAUCGCUAUCUACCCGCAAUAUGCAGUCCAUUCUGCUUCCGGCAUAACACGUCCUGUGUACCUGGCUCUGGAAAGCCGAGUCCUAUUUGAGGUGUGGUUCGUGCUCUUGCGCGCUUUCACCAUACCCGAGCUUUACGGUCCCGAAACCUGUAUCGAAGAGGAUCCUAAGGGUACAUCCGAUACCAGUACUGCUUCCAUGGCAGAUAUGUUCAGAAUUGAAAGGGUGCUCGAUAUAAGGGUGACGGAGGCGAAACUACAUCGAAACAAAGCUGCGGAAAAAGCUCCCCGAAGUCGUAAGCAGUCGCGAUCGCACAGUAACUCGUCCUCGUCAUCCGCGGUGAGCGAUUACUACACCGAAGUCCUUCUGGAUGGUGAGAUUCGGGCCAAAACUGCUGUCAAAUAUCGCACAGCAAACCCCUUUUGGCGAGAGGACUUUACUUUCAGCGACCUUCCUCCUGUCUUGUCUCAGGUCUCGAUACUUGUGAAAACCAUUAACCCAACCCAGAAGGACUGGUCACUUAUCUCACAUGGUUCUCAUUCACUGAACCAGGAGUCAAACCCUACGCGCGCCUUGGAUGACGUUGAGCUAUCUUCCCAUGAUGCUACAUUUGGCAGGGUUGAUCUGAAGCUGGACGAUCUACAGCCGGGGGUGGAAACUGAGAAGUGGUGGCCGAUCUUGGAUGACAAGGAUCAGCCAGUGGGUGAAAUGCUCAUGAGAGCUCGGAUGGAAGAGACGGUCGUUCUGAUGUCUCACGAGUACGCGCCGAUGUCUGAAAUUUUACACUCCUUCACCAACGGUCUUACCAUCAAUAUGGCUCAGGUCAUGUCUUCUGAACUCAAUCAGUUGUCUGAUGCUCUUUUGAAUAUCUAUCAAGUAUCAGGCACCACCGUCGAGUGGAUCUCGGCGUUAGUAGAGGACGAGAUCGAUGGAUUGCACAAAGAAUCAACUGCCAACAGGCUAAGGUAUACCUCGAGGAUCCAUUCCAAUGACUCCCGGGAGUCGGCUCAGGAUAGAGAAGUCCUCGUCAGGGACAUGGGCCGCACUGCCACAGUCGAGGCGAAUCUUCUUUUCCGGGGAAAUUCCCUUCUCACCAAGGCGCUUGACUACCAUAUGCGCCGCCUGGGUAAAGAAUACCUGGAAGAGACGAUCGGAGAGCGGCUCCGCGACAUCGACGAAACCGACCCUGAGUGUGAGGUCGAUCCCUCCCGCGUGCACCGGUCGGAUGACCUUGAUCGCAACUGGAGAAACUUGAUUUCCCUCAGCACGGGAGUCUGGAAAUCCAUUGCUAGUUCCGCGUCAAGAUGUCCGGCCGAACUUAGGCUCAUUUUCCGACACAUCCGGGCUUGCGCAGAAGAUCGGUACGGGGAUUUCCUCCGGUCAGUCACGUAUAGUAGCGUAUCUGGCUUCCUCUUCUUGCGAUUCUUUUGUCCGGCAAUCCUUAACCCGAAGCUCUUUGGAUUGCUAAAAGAUCAUCCUCGCCCCCGCGCUCAACGCACAUUGACUCUCAUCGCGAAGGCCUUGCAAGGUCUAGCCAAUAUGACCACAUUCGGUAGCAAGGAACCUUGGAUGGAGCCCAUGAACAAGUUUCUGGUCAGCAAUCGCGCAGACUUCAAACAGUUCGUGGAUUCCAUUUGUGGAAUUCCAGCCGACCGUCCGGCUCCAAUUGUUACACCCUCCUAUGCCACGCCCAUCCAGAUCUUGGGACGCUUACCCCCUACUUCCCGCGAAGGUUUUCCCAGCCUUCCUUUUCUGAUUGACCAUGCACGGAGCUUCGCCAACCUGAUCAGUAUCUGGCUCGACAUGGCUCCGGCGAGACUGGGUGAAAUGGAAGACAUCGACCCAGGGGUCAGCAAAUUCCAUGAACUAGCCCUUCGCCUCAACCAACGCACCAAGGAGUGUUUGACUCGAGCCGAACAGGCAGAGCGCCCAAGUGGAAGCCUGGAAGUCAAAUGGGAGGAACUGGUUGAUUCUAUGGAACGUUCGGUAACUUUCUAUGACGAGAGCUCCAAGCCUACAAGCCCGGCCACAGAGGCAGCUGUUGCGGGAUCGACAUCCCUUACCGGCAGCCAUCGAAACUCGAUUGGUUAUUUUACGUCAAGACCAUCUCUACCCCGUCGGUCCACUGACUGUGCCCCUGAGGGCGAGGAGGAAACCCCUCCCAGCUCCUCGUCUGCCACCUGGGACCAAAGUAGAGUGCCCUUCUCGAUACCGCGGUGGGCUGAUCCUCGAGACAGCACCGGCAGUUCGAAAAACUCUUCUACCUACUCGCUGGAAUAUCACGAGCCUUCCAAAUCUCGUCGAUCAAGCAUCACACGGGAGACAACGAGCAAGUACCGAUUCUUCGACUUUGUCCCUGCCCCGUCUCGACGCAAAGCCAAGGAUCGAGACCAGGGCCAGCAGCAAUCGCGUGAGGAGCAGCGAAGCGAGUCAUGAUGACUCAAACUUCUCCAGUCAUUAAUAUAAGCCUUUUGUGGGGAACCAAUAUCUCCGAUCUCCGAUAAUCCUGCUUUGUCGCCAUGCAGCGACCCCCGGGGGACCUAAACCACG